CAGGAGUUGUUGAAUCCUCAAAACACAAGUGGACUUGCAUUUACACACAUUUUUCCCUUUACCGUGGUUACAAUCAGCGGUGUAUUCUGGCAACGUGACGGUGCGGAUGACAUGUCGUCUUGGGCUAAAUCAGCGGUCACUGCCCGGCGACAGGCGGCUAACCCCAACGGAAGUGCUUCACAACUGCGCCUGUUUCGGAGAGCAGCGCCUUACCCCAGCAGAGACGACAGAACCGAAGAGCUCAAAGAUGCCCUGGAAAGCUAUGAAGAACUCGAUCAGAUACAAAACUACAGUGCAAAUGUGAAGUAUGAGAGCUACAAGCAUCAGCCAGCUGCCAAGUCAGAGAGCUGCACUCCAGCCGACAGACGUAAAGCGUUGUAUCAGAAGUUCUACAGACAGGUCCAGGAGGAGAGGAAGCCGCCUGAUUGCGUGGUCCUCUCUGUGACCAACCAGUGUCUGGAUUACCCCAAAUCGCUAAGCCAGUGUUUGCAGGAGCGCGGCCUGUCAGUGGAAAUGCUCUACCUUCAGGCGGAAUCAGGCCUGACCCGGGCCCUGCAGGAUGUCCGAGCAGAGGGCACCCCGUUAUGUAUUCUUGUGGAGCAGAAAAACAUAGCUCUGUCCUCCUGCACUGUUAUCAUAUUCUCAGAAUCCCUCAAAAUCCAUCGUAACAUGCCCAAAGAGCAGGGCUUGGACUUUGUCGUGUCGGAGUACAACCGCGGACUGGCCAAAGAGCGCCCAAAGAAGGAUCCUGCAGACCUUGCAGCACAGGCGUCACAGCUGCUGGAUGACUAUCUUGAAAGAGAAAAGAUUGAGCGCCACACUGUUCCCUCUGAAACACGUCCUCUCCUCAUGCUAUUAGCUGAGGGAGUGCAUCUCUACCCUGAGGAGCUGGAAACCAUCUCAGAGUAUGUGAGGUGCAGACUGGAGCACAUACAAGCCAGCGACACUGAGGGGCAAAGGGGAAGCAUGUUACCUCCAGGACUGGGAAAACCACCACCUUUGCUCCCUACCCCACCAGGACCACCUCCACCCCAACUAGGAGGAACAGGAGGGGGACUGUUGGACCACCCUUCACCAUCACCUCUGCUGCCCUCACCAGGUUCUUAUCCCAAAACUAAACCUCCUCCUCUGCUGUCGUUACAUGGACCACCCUGUCCCCCAUUAGGUGCCCCAGGUUCACGAGGCCUUCUGCCUUCGCAUGGUCCCUUUGGUGGCCCCCCCUGUUCUCGUGGCCCUCUACUCCCCCAUGGUCCUCCAUUUCAUCCAGGGAUCAGGGGCCCUCAUGGGAUUAGAGGGGGCCCACCUACUUUAAAGUCUUCCCGCCCGCCACUGCUUGCUUCACCAGGUCCUCCUCUCCCUCUCCCUCUUCCACGGCCGAGCUCCCGUCAUUGAGAAACAGAGACAUCCACACACUCUAAGCACACGCUGAAACACAUGCAGGCUCUAUAGACCUGUACUGAUGGAAGAUAACACCUGACUCAAGAACAGACGACUAUAAGCCUCUGUGUUGAAUGGCUGAUGGGACCUUUUUUUUAAGUUGCAAAACCACUCUCAGUCAGAUGAAAACAAUUUUAGAAAAAGCUAGUUAUUAUCAGUCUUUUGUGGAUGGAUUAGUAGAGGAUUUUAUGGAGUAAUGGAAUGACUGAUAGUAAGUUUCUCUUUUUCCAGUAUCCCUCUGUCGAACUUGUUCAUAUUUUCUAAAUCUACAGUGAUACUAACCCCGAGGAAAUUGGCGUGGUGACCGUGACACGACGAUCCUCUAUAUUUUGACAAGAUGGUGCUAAAGUUUUCAUGAGAAGUUACUAAGGCUUUAGAUUGAGUGUAGACAACAUGUUGAUAAAAGUAGGUGCCAUGAGUCUGGAAAGAAAAUCAUAAAUCCCCUACAUGCACUCACUGAUCACUUUAUUAGGUACACCUUUUCAGCUGUUCAUUAACACAAAUAUCUAUUCAGCUAAUAAAAUGGCAGCAAUCAAUGCAUUUAGACAUGCAGACAUAGUGAACACAAUGUGCUGAAGUUUAAACAAAGUGUCAGAAUAGGGAAGAAAGAGGAUUUAAGUGACUUUGAAUGUGCCAUAGUUGCUGGUGUUGGACAAGCUGGUCUGAGUAAUUCUCAGAAUGCUUAUGAUUUGGGUUUUUCACACAUAACCAUCUGCAGAGUUUACAGAGAGAGGUUUGAAAAAGAGGAAAUGUCUUAUGCAGAAAUGCUUUUUGACAGUAGAGGUCAGUGGGGGGUGACCAGACUGGUUCCCAUUAUAAUUUUGGCAGCUAUUUGAAAUGUAGUCUUAAUUCCUAUCACACUUGACUAGUAUUACCUUUGGACCUCUGAUAAUUUAUGAAUAACCUCCUGACCUCAGUGUAUGGUGUGGUGCAUUUGCACUGAAUAAGCAGAGUAUGUAAUGUACUCAAAUUUACAGACAUCUCUGAAGGAAAUCAUAAGGGUGCUGCAUGGCUGCAGCAAUGAAAAUGCACAGCAAAUUUUAUUUCUAUAGUUCAUACAAAAAAAAAAACCCACAGUGUUGUGCACAUCCCGUUCUGCAGGUGACGUUUCCUGCACCUGUCCUUUACAGACUGUUAACCAGAGUUUUAAGACAACGUGCGCUUUAGUCUUUUUUUUUUUUCUCUUCCCUUUUUGCAUUGAGGUCAUAAGCCACCUGUGUGCAUCUGCAGCUGAUCAGAAAGAGGAAGCGAAAGUCAAGCAUCUUUCCUGUUAAUCAUGUAUGAGAAAGGGAGACAUCUAAUGUUAAAUUUGAAUCUCUCCUGUCAUUUUUUAGCAGUUUGAUAUAGUUGGUGUUGAUGUUAUUCUGUGCUCUGUAAAUUUGGGAUCAUUGCACAUCCACUACAACCCUCCUCACACAGAUCCGUUGUUGUAGCCUAACCACUGAAUGCUGAGCGACACAUUUCAAUUGUGUUAUGCAUGAGAUGUAUGGCUAAAUAAUACUGAUACAAGACUAUGCUUCAGCUUCCUCCCACCACCAAAAACAUGCUCAUUAGGUUAAUUGGUGGCUCUAAAAUCGGCCGUAGGUGUGAGUGUGCCUGGUAGUCUGUCUUUAGAUGUCAACCCUGGGAUUGACUGGCGACCAGUCUAGGGUGUACCCCGCCUCUCACCCAAUGACAGCUGGGAUAGGCUCCAGCCCCCCCCACCCCGACCCUGACCCCGACCCCGAACAGGAUAAGCCACAUAGAAAAUGGAUGGAUUUUUACUCUGCAAAUUACAGACAUUGUUGAUUAACAGGAUGAAUAACACAGACGUCCUGUGCAAUUAUUAUAAAUUACCAAAGGCCCCUAGAUAAUACUAAUCCAGUGCAAAUAGGGCAUUAGUCCUUAGAUCAAAAAACCUCAUAGCUUCAGUCACAUUUUAGUCAUUUAUACUCUUUAUAAUUUAGUCAAGUUGCAUUUUUUUCUUUUAACUAAUCUAAGUGGUCAUAUUAAGAAUAAUAUACAUGCAAAACAGUCACAUUAAUGAACCACCAACACUUAAACUGAUUUAAACUGAUGAAAAUACUGACAUCCCCUCUAUCUCCAGUGGAGUAAAGUCAUGGAUUUAGAAUUUUCUAACAGUUAAACAGUACAGGCAUUGCAGUCUCAUUACAGUGUCCUUGAUGAAAAAACUACAUUUUUGUCAGAGUUUUAACCAUCAAAGAUCUGUUUUUAAGCUAGUCAUAGUCUAGUCUUCCUUGUGGAAAUGGUAGUUGCUGAACAUUUUUAGUCAUUGUUUUGUCACCAGGCCCACACUGACUGCUUCAAGCUGAUAAAAAGACAACAACACAACAAUAGUAGAGCAUCUAUGAACGCACAACACAUCAAACAUUAAAGCAGAUUGGCUACAGCGGGAGAAGAGCACACUGGGUGCUGCUCCUGUCACCUAGGAGCAAGAAACUGAGGCUACAGCUCACUCACAAAAAAAUUGGACAGCAAAAGACUGGCAAAACAUUGUUUAAUGAGACUCAGUGCAACAUUUAAAUGGUAGGGGUAUGUAAAUAACAUUAAAGCCUGCAAGACCACCCAACAACCAUGGCCAAUAAAAGUCACUUUAUGUAAAUACCCUUUUUCCCCUCUUAUGCUUGGUGGAACAUCAGCAAUUGUUGGCAUGACUAAAAAUGCCUUGGUUUCUGCCAUGCCAUACCAUGAACAACUGUACCUAAUAAAAUGAUCGUUUAGAGUCUGCACUGUACUUUUUCUGGCUACAUGCUGUUGUUUGUUUUUUAUACUUAUUGACAGAGCUGUGUGAUAUCCUGGUGUAGUUGUUUAUUGUCACUUGCAGUUCUUAAUGUGGCAUUUGUUCUGCACAAAUAAGGCAGCAGUCCACUGAACUCCACACCUCACAGCCUGUGUUGUUGUGUUGGUUGCUCUGGUCUUGGAUUGUUUAAAUGAAUAUUUUCAAUAUCACACUGAGAAGAUGCUGAAGUCAUCACAGAUUACAAAUCUGAAAAUGAUUCAAAAGAAGCAGAGAGCAAUCUUUCUUGAAAACUUGUGAACAUUUUCCUCUGAUUUGUUGAUAUUUUUAAAUACUGUUCUGUGUGUUUGUUUUUAUAUUAUGUAUAUGGAUAUUGUCAUUAGAUGAUAGCUGAAAACUUUGCUGUGGAGGAUUUUUUUUUUUGAUGUCCAGCAGUGUUCAUUUCUAACAAGCAUGGAGGAGGAAGCUCCAGUUUGUAUGUUUUAUUUUUAUUUAAAAAAAAACCCUGAAUGUUUUGUUUUGGUCUGAUGAGCAUUUCAAUAUUAUUUCUAUUAUAAAACAGAGGU